UCAGCCAUUUUGGGAUCCAACCGACUAGCUUUUGCGGCAGUAGCUAGCUAGCUAGUUACUUUUUAAUCGAAGGAAAGGUUAUUGUUUCUAGUUCGUCUUCACGCUGUGGUGUUGGAGAUUUGUUAGAAAAGCAGCUGUUGUCACAGUGUCGAGUCCACGAUGAAUCCCGAAUAUGAUUAUUUAUUCAAGCUGCUCUUGAUUGGUGACUCUGGUGUUGGAAAGUCUUGCCUUCUCCUCAGAUUUGCAGAUGACACAUACACAGAAAGCUACAUUAGCACUAUUGGUGUGGACUUUAAAAUAAGAACUAUAGAAUUAGAUGGAAAGACCAUCAAACUUCAAAUCUGGGAUACAGCAGGGCAGGAGAGGUUUCGCACAAUCACAUCCAGCUACUACAGAGGCGCACAUGGCAUUAUAGUAGUCUAUGAUGUUACAGAUCAGGAGUCCUUCAAUAAUGUUAAACAGUGGCUACAGGAGAUUGAUCGCUAUGCCAGUGAAAAUGUUAACAAAUUAUUGGUUGGCAACAAGUGUGACUUAACAACAAAAAAAGUGGUGGACUACACGACAGCAAAGGAAUUUGCUGAUUCCCUUGGAAUUCCUUUCUUGGAAACUAGUGCUAAGAAUGCCACCAAUGUAGAGCAAGCCUUCAUGACCAUGGCUGCUGAAAUCAAGAAGAGAAUGGGUCCCGGAGCAACAACUGGAGGUGCUGAGAAGUCCAACGUGAAGAUCCAGAGCACUCCAGUGAAACCUGCAUCUGGAGGCUGCUGCUGAGGCCCCUGCCCCCCAAACCCCUCAUCUCGGUCCCUGGAUCAUGGAGCAAGCCCAACCAUUUGAGGAAGAGAGAGGAAUAGAGCAUUUGUUAUGGAGCAAAGAGUGAAUGUGGAGAAUAGAACGAAUUAAAAGAGUGUGAAACAGGCAACAAUUUAACUUACCCAAGUUGUACUGUAUGUAGCCGCACUACCAAAAAACAUUGAAAAAUCCCCCGCCCCCUUCCCUAUUCAAAAAAAGAAAACUGAUAAGAGGUCAGAGAUUUGGUAACGGUCAGCCCCCUUCACCCCUGCCUCCUGUCAGGGGCUGCUUUUAACCAAUCCUACCCCAAGUAUGGAUGGAUUUCAUUUUCAGUCAUUGAUUUUAAAUCCUCUGUGUGCAGGUUUCUAAGAAUAAUGUGUGUAUUUAUCUCACUGCAUUCCUACUGCAGGGCUGGUCUGUGGUCAAAAUUAGAAGUUUUCUUUUUCUUGUUGAUUAUUUUACUGUUUAUAUUUGCAUGUGUAGGUUUCUGUCCCCAUGGAUAAUGUUUUGCCCAACUGGAUGAGAGUGGUUCACAGUCCAACAUCAGUUUAGUAAAAUAUAUGUACAUACACAAUAUGUAUAUAUAUGUAAGAUCUGAAAUGACAGCUCUUUAGAGUUAAAUACACAAUUUAUGUUGUUUUACCUUCUUUUGCAUUUAAUUUGUUGCUGCAGACACUUGUAGUUUUGCUGCGCAGUUGUAACAGUUAACAAACAAAUAAAUAUUGUACGACCAUACUGUGCAAAAUCGGUAUGUCUGCAAUUCUUGGUGGGACAUGUUAAAACCCAUGGUUGUAUUUAUUCAACAUUUAUAAGCAAAUAUUGCUCCAUUUAUCUACAAUCUCUCAAUAUUGCCCUUUACCUGCGGAAUACACGUCUCAACAACAAUUUCACAGUCUCAUGUGACCCAAACACUAUGUUCUCUUUUUCAUAAUAAAGUCAAAUGAAUACA